AUGGACAGCGGUGCCCGCCUGCUUGACUUUGGCGGUGCGCGUGGGAUGCUCCGCGACGCAAAUUUUCUGAUGGCACCGAGCGGCAUUUCCGGUGAUGGCGCCAACGUUACCGGCCGACAGGCGACGGAGCGCGGAAGCAAACAGCAGGGGGCUUUUAGCGGCUCGGUAGAAGAAGUGCUUCUGGAGGGAAUAGUUGGCUCCCAAAAAAAAAUACAACCGAACGAUUUUAUUCGGACGGAUUUUGGCCCAACAUCCGUGGUGGAUGAAGACACAAAAUGUGCCGAUGGAGGUGUUUGUGCAGGAAAGUGCGGGAUGCGUUACAGACCAGAGGCAUCGUGA